AAUGAACCCGCCACCUGGAUUAUGUGAUGAUGAUGAUAAUCAAAUUGGCCCACCUCCUGGCAUUGACAUACCACAGAAGAAGAAGUUUCAUGUGAAUAAAAAACAGAGUCAAUAGUUUUAAUAGACUUCAUUGGAAUCAUUAAAUUUGGAAUUGAAAGUCACUGUUUAAGAUUAGCAAUUCGAUCAAGUAAUGAUAUUCUGAGCAAUUAGAUUCCAAUUAGCGAUGAUUAUUUGGAGCCUUCUAUGAAUAACCUGAUUGCAUUUAAUGGAUAUUUAUGUGACACAUCUGGAGCAGAUUCAUUAGCUAUUUGGGAUAAGGAAAUGAAAUUGAAAAAAGAAUACAAGGGAUUAAUAGAGAACAUGCCUUAUUAAAUGGUGGCAGUUCAUGAUAAGAUCUAUUUAAUAUUUGGAGAUAUUUUAAUGAUGGUUGAGCCAGAAACAAAUAAAAAGACAAUCUUGAUUGAAUAAGCACUAACAGCAUUUUGUGUAUCAGAUCAUCCUAAUCCAAGGUAGUGUCAUAUACAUACCUAGAAUUAUAGGUGUCUAAGAUGGGGAACUAAUGUUAUGGAGAACGUCCAAUUUUGGAAAACCAAAUCAAAUGGAACCCAAAUAUAAUAAUUUUGAACCAAAAACCAAAAAAAUGAUUGAAUUAUAAAAAGUACUUUCAGAGAAAUUUGAUGAUUGUGAUGAUUUACUUAUGCUACAAAAUGGAUUAGUGUUCGGCAAAUAGAAAAAGGUAGGUGAAGUCUUCAUAAUAGAUUUUGUUAAUGAUUAAUUGGAAGAAUUAUAAACUACAUAUGGUUGUGCAGUGACAUGUUGGACACCCAUUUCAUAUGAUUCAGUUGCAUUUGCUUCUAAUGGUUAGAUUGUGAUUACUAAAUUCUAAUCUAAUAAAUAGGCUGUAGUUUAAAUUAUCCUGAAUUCAUCAAAAGAUGACAUUCAUCAUGGUUUAUGUUAUACUAACAAUCAAUUAUUUUCAAUCAGUAAGAAUGCAGUAGUGACUAGUUGGAAUAUCGUAUUAGGAACAAAAACCAAGACAUUUGAAGUCAAGUUUUGUCCAGGUGUUUAUUCUCUUAUUACAAUGAAUUAAGAAAUAAUAAUUGCUGAACACAAAGUUAAGAAGGAUUUUAUUUUGUUGAAUACUAAUUUAGAGAAACAAUUUUUUUACAAAGCUAGAGUAAAAUAAGUUUUACAUUGUUGUUCAAGUCCCAAUCAAUAAUUUUUGGCUGUUGUUUAAAAGUGUGGAUUACUUUAUGAUGAAGAAGUGAUCUUUCAUAUUGAAAUAGAAAUUUAUCCCUUUGACAACAAAUUAGAAUUCUAGAGAAGAAAGGAAAUUGACAAUCUUGAGAUCAAGACUGUAAUGUUUCUCACUGAUUCUACUAUACAAUGUAUUCUCAAGAUCUCUAAGAGUGUUUAUCCUCUCCUUGUUAAAUGGAACUUUAUAACUAAUGAAUACAGCGAAUCAGAAAUGCUGGUUGAAAAAUAUAAAAGUUGUCAAUUAUAUCAGAAUCGCUCUGUCUUUAGUUAUGAUUUUCAUAAUCCUCCUUCCCAAUAAUUUAAUCUCUUUGCACCAAAAAGAGUAGAUGAUCAAAAUCAAAGUACUGGCAUAAGUGUCUAUGAUGAAAACAUAAAACGUUUAUUGAAGGUUUAAUUUUAAUAGUAAUUUAAUGCUGACGUUUAUGGGAUGCCUACUCCAGAUUUAUUAUAUGUUUUAAAUAAUAAAAAUUAGAUUGAGGUUUGGGAUGUAGUAACUUUUUAAUAAGUUUAGAAAGGUAUAUUUAUCAAUUUUGAUUAAUAGCUGAUUGUAGGCCAAGCAUUAUUAAGUAAAUAAGAUUCUCUUAAUAGUAUUUAUUUUUAAAUGCUCAAUCUGAAUGGAUCAUAAGAGAUUUGAAAUUAGCGUAAAUUUGUAAAACUAAAGGAGACAUAAUUAACAAGUGUCUAUUUUUAGAUAAAAAAUGUGUGAUUAACUAAAAAUAAAACUUAUAUGAGUGGGAUUUAGUGAAUAAUCAAUGCAAAUAAAUUCCACUAUUUAAAGUUUAUGACUUUUGCAUUAUUUAAGAUAAGAUACUAGCAAUUGGUGAGUCAACUAUAAAGUUAAUUUGA